GAUGGGAUAUAAUAUUGUGUUUAUACAUCAGCCAGUAUGUACUCUUCCGUUUCAGAACACUGUUGAUAUUAUGCUCCCGUCCUACAACUCGUACCCGAUCGCUGCACAACGUGACCACUCAUAAUACUAUGUGAUUUGGCCAGAGAAACACCGCACUUUCGUAUCAAAAAUGAGUCUCGAAUUCAGCCAAGAACAUGGCCAUCACCAUCACCGGAGUUGUAUAUUUACGUGGAUAUCCUUUGUGCUGGCCGUCAUUUACACGCCAGUGUAUUGCAUAUGUUACCUAACAACAACUCUUGGUAGAUUUGUAUUAUUACGAAUUCUAAAAAAGAAGUAUCCAGACUUAGAGUUCAUAAAGUCGGUGUCCAUUCAGUCUGCAAUGGAUACACCUAAAAAUAUAGGAUACAUUGUGGUAUUACUUAAGGUUAUUGGAGAUUUUGACAUUAAUCUGAUGAAACACACAAUUCAGACAGAUAUAGUGGAAAAAUACGACCGGAUAACCGGUCGUCUGUAUUAUCCGCACCUUCGGUGUUCGCUAACGAAGAAAUGGUUGCGGUACGCGUGGAUCAAAUCACCUAACUUCUCCAUCGACAACCACGUGAUCGGAUUGCCGGAAACCAAAAAAGCAGCAUCCGAGGACGACAUUAUGCAACACGUUAACGAAAUAAUCGCGGAUAUCAUACCGCCCGAACUUCCGCAGUGGCAGAUCACCAUGAUCCCGGCGGACGAAGACACGUUCUACAUGCUAGUCCGGAUACACCACCUGUACUCGUCCGAGGACGGUGUCGGGCUGAGCGACCUGUUGCUACUGAAACCGGACGACGGUCAUCUGAAACACAACGAGAAGUCGUCGUCAUCGUCAAACCAGCAGGCGGACGCCGACAGCAUCCAGAACAUCCUGUCCACCGUAUACCAGGCGCCGACCGCGUUGCCCAGACUCGGCGAACACCUGUCGGAGAUUUUAGCCAACAUGUGGAACGAACUCGUGUCCGAGUACGACCCGCUGGAGAACCCAAAAGUAUUCAGGAGCCGGCCGAACGUGUUUAUUUUUGGCACCAUGAUGACGAUCGUCAUCGCGUCCGCGGCCAAGGACAAGACCACCAAGCGCAACUUUGCGCACAAGCUGAAGAGGGAGACGACGCGCCGCGACAUUAAGUUACAGUACAUGUGCUCGAGUGUGAUCAACACGUUCCACCCAGCCCUGUGGCUUUCUAUCGCCUGGUGGCUGUUCGUCAAGUGCGUACUCCGGUUGCCCAUCACCAUGAUUCUGAUGAUCAAGAACAUGUCCUCGUACCUAUACUGGAUGUCUGUGGUGGUAUACUCGGUGUCCGAGCUGCUGUACUUAGCCCGGCUCGUGUACUACGCGCCGAGCACCGUCAUCCGGGAACUGGUGUUGCCGUUCUUCGGCGGCCGAGACCGCGGAGCCAUGCGGGCGCCGGAGGGCAGUAAAUGCGUGUACUGGUCGCAGCCCAUCAACCAGGACCUGGUCAACACCAUACACGACAACACAGGCGCGGCUACAUGCGAGAUCCAGCUGUCCAUGUUGGCUUCCGUGUUGCAGGAAUACUUCACCGACACCGACGUCCGGUUCACCAAGGACGUGAUGACCACCACGCGGUUCGUGUCCAAAGCCAACUUGUUCCAGCUUAACAACCGGCACGUGGUCACCAACGGGCUGUUGGCCCUGCCGCUGCCCAUGGACACCGAAAACGAUCCCAUGUACAGCCUGCACGAGAUGCAAGAGUGCCUUCAGGAAGCCAUCGGCAACCAGACUGCCCUAUACAUAGCGUCCAUGUGGCAGAUCGACCACAGCCUUGCAACGUCGUUCCUGCCGUCGCCGGUAGUUAGCUGCGGGCUGCACUUCCUCACAAAAAAGUUCCCGUUGACCGUCACUUACGUCGAGGAACACAAGUCGGACCGCAAGCGACGGAUGUUGUUGUGGGGCCAAGAGGUGGACGCCAUCUUGUACUGGAGACCGCCGCAGUCCAACGUCUGUAUGUCGUUAUCGAUAAUUAACUACGGCGGACAUUUGAGAUUGGCGGUAAUGGCCGACGCGAAAAUGACUCCUCCUUGUAAAGACAUCGUAUCCAAGUACGAAAAAAAUAUCCCGCAUUUCGUUAAAGCAGCUGAGCAUUAUGCAAAAAUCGUCAACACUUCAGAUUAGUCUAUAGUAUUUUUUAUACAUUUAUAUUAGGUUUGUUAUAUAAAAUAAUGAAAAAAUCCA